AUGAGCUCACGGUCCCGCCUGGGCAUCGCCCGGCAGGGCCAGGGAUGUCAUCUAACCUGGUACAACCUGUGUGUCUCCCACCAGCUCAGCUGCAAUGAGAAAUCCCCGCUGAACGUGGGGCGAGGGGGAGCAUGGGUCGGCUCUUUGGCCAUGGGCAUGAUUUUUUUCUGCUCUCCCAUCGUCAGCAUCUUCACCGACCGGAUCGGCUGCAGGACCACAGCAGCCUCCGGAGCUGCCAUCGCCUUCAUCGGACUCCUCUCCAGCUCCUUCACCAAGUCUCUGGAAGUUCGUUAUUUCACAUAUGGGAUCCUCUUUGGCUGCGGCAGCUCCUUCGCCUUCCAGCCCUCACUGGUCAUCCUUGGUCACUACUUCAAGCGCCGCCUUGGUUUGGCCAAUGGCAUCGUGGCCGGCGGCAGCUGCCUCAUCUCCGUGCCGCUCCCCUUCUUCCUGAAGAUGGUCGGGAAGGCCAUUGGGCUGGCGCAUACUUUCCAAGUACUCAGUGCCUUAAUGCUCAUCCAGAUAUUCUUGUCCUUGACCUAUCGGCCCAUCUUGCCGCCUUCUUGUGACUCUCAACACGAUGGGCAGGACAAGCUGGGCAGCCGGAGCAUGCGGCAGCAGUGCUGGGCCCAGACGCGCAAAUAUUUCAACUUGAGGGUUUUCCGGAGAAAGACCUAUCGGAUUUGGGCCUUUGGGAUCGCUACUGCUGUCCUGGGAUAUCUCGUACCUUACAUGAACCUGGUAAAAUACGUGGAGAAGCGAUUUCAGGAAACCAAAAAGGACUGGAUCCUCUUGGUUUGCCUUGGAGCCAUGUCAGGGCUGGGGCGCUUGGUUUCAGGCCGCAUUGGCGACUGCAUUCCUGGGCUGAAGAAGAUUUACCUGCAGGUUGCAUCCUUCAUGCUGUUGGGCCUCCUGUGCAUGAUGAUCCCCCAGUGCCGAGGGUUCGAAGGCGUCAUUGUCAUCUGCCUCUUCCUCGGCCUUUGCGAUGGCUUCUUCACCACCAUCAUGGCCCCCAUCGCCUUCGAGCUGGUGGGGCCCAUGCAGGCAUCCCAGGCCAUAGGGUACCUCAUGGGGCUGAUGGCUGUGCCCAUGACCGCGGGUACACCGAUAGCAGGAUACCUCAAUGAUUAUUUUGAGAAUUACGACGCGGCCUUUUAUUUUGCUGGAGUCCCUCCCAUCAUCGGCGCCUUGGUGCUCUCCGUCGUCCCGCUGGUCCAUCAGAGGAUGCUGAAGAAGCAGCGCCUGGAUCCCGGCAAAGACAAGAUGCUGGUCUCGGAGGCGGUGGUGAACGGGGAGCUGCUGCCGGGCUGUCCUGCCUCCGAAGCACACAUGUAACGCCUCCGCUCACCGACACUCACUGUCGCCACCAGCAGCCUCUCCAGAGCCCAAGCACAGGCCCUUUUCUAGACGGACCAUGAUUCUCAAUGAUCGCAGAUGCACUAUGUUUGUAAAGGAAAAAAAACACAAAAAGUUCUUCUAGUUAAAGGCUUUUAACUAGCAGAAACGCUCUUUUUCGGGACAGUUUUGAUUUCAAAGCCGCCCUUUUUUUUUUCCUCUAACCAUUUUUCUAAGGAGGACUCUCACCAGGAUUCAAACUUGAUCGAUCUCCCGCUCCUCUCCCCAGUUUUCUGUACGUCACGACAGAGGUUUACAGCUAAUAAAUGCCUUUUUAAAG